CAAGUAACUACAAACUCUAUCUUUAGUAGUAUUUUGUUAGGUAUUAUUCUUACUUGUAUUUUGCUUUUUAAAAGACCCCCUUGAUGCUCUGUAAUGUUAUUUUAUAAUAUAUGCAAGCUUGGUUUAAAAAAAAAAAAAAAAAAACCGACGUGUUUAACGCCGGACAGCAGUUCUUCUUCAAGGAGCAGGAGCUCUCCGUCGAUUGGAGACCUCCGUGCUGACUCGUUUCUUGACCUCAUCUUCGCCGUUCGUUUUGUUGGCCUGUCUCUCUGGGAGGCAUCGAAUGAAGUCUGUACUGCAAACCCAGCUAUCUUCGCCUAAAGCUGCAGACUUUGCAUCUCUUUGUUCUUCUUGCGCUUCUGAUUCUUGCCCUGACUGUGCCGAUAUUACAGAGGAAGGUGAAAAGCUAGCUCCUUUGUCAUCUUCUGCUUCUUGUUCUUCGUGGUCGGCUUCGGCUUCCAUCUUUGAGUUCUCUGGAUCUGCAAGAGCUCCAGGUGGAGAACUCAACAGUUUCUUCUGCUGAUCUUAAGGUUUAGGACCAUAAUGGUCCUCAUGCAAAGGAGGCUAUUGCAACUGUUUUACCCAAUGGAGUUCGGUAGCUUGUUUCUAAGAGGCGGAAAAAAAAUGGCUUUAGAAGAGGCAUAUUGGGCACAUCUUCUUAGGAUUGCGAAUUUUCUACAAGAGGUGCUCAAAUUAUCUGGCUGUCGACAGAACCAUAGUUGGGGAAUUCUUAAAUUGGCCCCAGAGACCGGUUUUGGGUCGAGAUUGAAGUCUACAUUGGAGAAGCACAAGGUUUUGCAAAGAUUUCUUCUUGUUCUGGCUUUGAUUGGUGCUGGCAUGGUGAUUGGAGAUGGUGUGCUCACACCAGCUAUUUCUGACGUACUUGGAGUCCCAUAGCAGUCAGGACUACCGUAGUAGGUUGAUCUUGAGCAAGUAAAAGUGUCUUGAGAGGCACAAAGAGCAGGCAAGAGCAGUACCAUGAUUACACAAAGAAUACCAACUUGGUUUUCAAGUACUGCAAGCCCCAUAUCUUAAUGGCAAGGUUUCUUGAUAAACGAUAAGAUAAUGGAAGAAAGAGACCAAAACCAAAGCUCUAAUUAAGAAGCAGACAGAGUUGCAGAAGAAAAUGGACGAGGAGGUUAAGAGAUGGGAAGCAAAGAAUCGUAGUCCAGCAUUUAUAGUUAAGGAAAGGUCGUGUUGGGGUGAGAGUUAGGCACCUUUUCUCUCCACUUAAAGAAAAGGGAAUAUUUAUGCUUACUUGCCAAACAGAAAGGUGCUUAUAGCUAGGGAAUGCGAUGGAGUAGGUCCCCUUAAUAUUGACCCCCCGAGACCAUUUCUGCAAUAAAAAUCAAUGCAUGUUUAUCUGUUAUGCUAAUAGAAGGAUAUGUUUGGGAAUUCUUUGCCAA